UCUAUGAUUACUCCAAAUUUCACAACAUCUGCAAAGAUUCCAGCACCAUCUUCUGGAUCUGGAUCUGCCAGCCUUGGGAUUGCCAUCCUAUCAAUUGCUUUCAUCAUUGGAUUUCCAGGCAAUGCUUUUAUCAUCUGGACUAUAUUAACCCGAAUGAAAAAACACACAGUAACCUGCCUACUCAUUUUGCACUUAGCUAUGGCAGAUGUCAUGGUCAUCCUCACAGCACCGUUUUUUCUCCAUCUACUAUCCACUAGAAGCUGGGUAUUCGGACAUGUCAUUUGUAAGAUGUGUCAUUAUGUGAGCUGUCUGAGUAUGUACGCCAGCAUUUUUCUGAUCACCUUCAUGAGCAUGGAUCGUUUUUUAGCUGUAGCAUUUCCUUUCACUUCUCAGAAAGUGAGAACAAAACCAGUUGUCAGGGGCAUAGUGUUUUUAAUCUGGGUGCUUGCAGCUUUGAUGUCCAUUCCCAUGAUAUUUUACCGUGAUGUUAAAUUCUUCCUCGGUCCUCCUCUCUGCAUUCCAUUUCAUGGUUCACAAAAUGACACUUCAACUACUAAACAUAUAAUUUUUCAGUAUAUGUUUGAAACUAUAAUAGGCUUCAUCAUCCCAUUCACAGUCAUCCUGUUCUGCUAUGUUUUCAUUGGAGUGAGGCUACGCAGUGCCAAAUUUCUGACCAAGCGUAAGACAAGUCGGCUGGUAAUCAUGAUUAUAGUGACAUUUGCCCUUUUCUGGCUUCCAUAUCAGUUAGUAAAUAUGAUACAGGUGUCAGGGGAGAUGUUCUCCUCAGACAAACUAAGAAAAGUAGCUCGGUUUGCCAGGCCUAAUGUCACAGCCCUUGCCUUUCUCAGUAGCAGUGCUAAUCCUAUUUUGUAUGUGUUUGCUGGCGGGAAUUUUAUUAGGACUGCUGGUGUGGGAUUCAUGGCCAAGCUCUUUGAAGGCACUCAUUCUGAGACUUCCAGUUUCCGUAAAAUCUCCCAGGUCUUCCGUCAAAGAAGCCAAACUGAAUCUGUGGAGUUGGAAAAAUGCAAAGAGUAUCCAGAGCAGAGUAAAAUGUUUUCGACCAAUCAAAGUGAUUGACAGUAGGAAGACGAAAA